AUGGAAGACCAAGAAAUCAUACUGGACUCCUCAUCUGAUGAGUCUAUCGUUGGAGAACAGGCAAAGAAACUUUUCGAUUUGUGUGACAAGGAUGAAAAAGGUUACAUCAUAUCAGCGGAUUUAAAAAGUCUUGGCGAAUUCGUCUCUGCUAACGAUAUACAAGAGAUUGAGAAGAAAGUUGAGGAAAGUAACGAGAAGCAAAUCACUAAGGAGCAGUUUACAAAAAUUAUUAGUAAGUCUGAUAUUAUUUUCUGGUAAAA